ACCAGAAAGUGUCCCCCUGACACGCAAAAGAAGCAACCCCUUCUUGGACGUUCCCUGCCCCGAUCCCCACGCUCCAACUUACAAACAAGGGAUGCUGUAUCGUAAAGUGCACGCUGACACUGAUGGCAAAAAGACACCCUGGGGAAAGCGAGGCUGGAAAUCUUUCUAUACCGUGUUAAAGGGGAUGGUGAUGAUCUUUCUCAAGGACGAGUACAGGUCCGAUCUUCAGUGCCCCGAGGAGGUGAUCAGUGUGCAUCACGCACUGGCAGAGCGCGCCAGUGAAUACACCAAGAGACCGCACGUGUUCCGUCUGCAGACAGCUGACUGGCGUGUCUUUCUCUUCCAAGCUCAGACAUCAGAGGAAAUGAAUUCUUGGAUUGCCCGUAUUAACUUGGUAGCCGCCAUGUUUUCUUCACCGCCAUUCCCAGCAGCUAUUGGUUCUCGGAAGAGGUUUGUCCGACCAAUCCUUCCCUCCGCUCCAUGCAAGCUGUGUCUGGAAGAGCAGCUUCAGUCGCACGAGUCGUGGAUGGACACUUUCACAGAUGAUCUGACCGAACAUCAGCGCAACCUUCCAGACUCCAAGAGCAAAGCGCGCGACUGGGAGGAUUACCACCUGAGAGGGGAAUAUCUGCGCUUCGAGAAAUCCAGGUACGAGACAUACGUGAAGCUGUUGGCCUUGCGGAUGCAGAAAGGCUGCGACGACCUCAGUAUUUGGGAGUCUCUUCUUGGGGUGUCCAACGGGGUCCAAGAAGACGAUAGCUGCGGCUUAAAGAGAUCCCAUUCCAGCCCCUCUCUAAAUCCUGAAAGUUCACCUAUGGUGAUAAAGGUCAAACGAAACAUCUCUGAACGGCGAACUUACCGUAGAAUCAUUCCAAAGCGCAAUAAAAACCUUGUGUGACCAAA